AUGUGACAGGCAAUUAGGAUCAUUCAUGCUGUCCUGGAGAAGUAUGGUACCUAUGAGAGUUUUGAAGUUGCUACUGGUGGAAGACUGCUGAGCAAAUGCCAAAUCUGGUCUGUUAUCCGAAAGUACAUGCAGAAGGAAGGCUGUGUGGGAGAGGUGGUGGUGCAGCUCACUGAUGACCUCCUGUCCCAGGCCGUGAUGAUGGUGGAGGACAGCCGGCCAACACUGGCAAUCAACCUGUCUGGAGCCCGGCAGUACUGGCUGGAGGGCAUGCUGCGCCAUGAGAUAGGCACCCACUACAUCCGGGGGGUAAACAACACCCGCCAGCCCUGGCACAGCUCUGAGGGCCGCAAGCAGUACUGCCUGAAGCCUGCCAACCCCACCGAGGAAGGGCUGGCAAGCCUGCACAGCGUCCUUUUCCGCAAGCAGCCCUUCUUGUGGCGAGCGGCCCUGCUCUACUACACCAUCCACCAGGCCAGCCGCCUCUCCUUCUCCGCCCUCUUCCAGGACCUGGAGCAGUACGUCCAGGACGCUGGGGUCCGGUGGGAGUACUGCGUGCGGGCGAAGCGAGGCCAGACAGACACGUCCCAGCCAGGUUGUUUCAGUAAGGACCAGGUGUACUUGGAUGGGAUUCUCCGGAUCCUGCGACAUCGUCAGACCAUCAACUUUCCAUUGCUGGCUGCACUUGGAAAGGUGUCCUAUGAAGAUGUGAAUCGCCUGAAGAAAUUUGGAGUCUUGGAGAGGACCCGCAUCCCCCAUUUCAUGCAGGACCUGGAGCGGUACAUGAAGCAGCUCGACCACAUUGUCACCACCAACAGACUAAAUGAGCAGGAGCUGGAGCAGCUGCUGCCUGACUGAGCAGGUGCCAGCUUGCAGCCCUGGGACCCUGCUGGGCUCAAUUGCUGAGGCUGGCACCUCUUGGCCACUGUGCGUGUGCCUGAGCACAGCUCUCCUAGUGCCUGUCUGCCCUGGGCUCUAUUUAUUUGAUAUUUAUUAGAGCUGUUGAGCCAGUCCUUGCCUAGAAACGGCACAGCUUAAGCCUCUGUCCCCUCCACUCAGGAGGGCCGGGGGGAAGGGGUGGGGGGCAACGUGCAUGUACCGCUGUGUAGGGUAGUUCAGUCAGAAGGUGGUGUGGUAUUGUUAAUGCUCCCCCACCUCCCCAGCUCUGUGCGUGUCAGGGACAGCUGAACUGCUCCGUGUGGUUUUUCCGGAGCAGGUGUACAAGACGGUUCAGAGGGAUAGGGGCAGAGCAGGUGAGCCACACUGGGCCCAGAGUAGGCACAGGGGGCUGUGCAGGGCUGAUCACACUGCAGAGAGCAUUGAAGGGGAGGGGGCCUCAGGGUGCCAUGGGGUAUUCCCAGCAGAGGCUCUGGCUGUAUUCAGGCUGCAAACACAGGCUGGUGGCCCUGGGACGCGCCUGGGAGCCCUGGCAGGGAGCAAGGGCUAGCCUGUAGCCACAUCUUAGCUCCACUCAGGUGCUUCCCACUCUCUCACCACUUUUCUCAUGCCCUCCCCUAGCAGCAAGAAGGAUUUUAGCCCACCAAAAAAAAAAUCUCUGCUCUCCACCCCACACCAGAUAUUUGCCCUGUCCCUGCAGACCCUUCAGCACCCCAAGUAAGUGUCACUCUGCUUCCCCCCCUGCCCCACCCCCCAUAGCUGCUCUGCCUGGCACUGACUCAGGAUGGGGAUUGGGCUUUGAUGUUAGGAAAAAUCUGUAAUAAAACUAUGUAAUGGAAACUACCUGUGGGUAAUAGAUUACGGAGGGCAUCAAAUGCAAAAGGCCAGGCUGGUACCACUGCUACUAUUGUGACCACGCAUCCCACUUGCUUAGCCAAGGCUGCAUGUCUCCAAGCCCAUGGGUCAGGAGUGGGAAGGGGUCACUGGAGCAUGCAAAGCAAAGUAUUAAGCAGAGUUA